UAGUUCUGGAGUGCCGCGCCGAGCCGUAGGAUCGGGGCAUUCGUUUUAUAAAUGUAUAUAUGUACGUGGGAUUUAUGUCCUCUGAGGGCAUCUAGGGUGGUGGUUUAGAGGGUUGUAUUUACUGUAGCAGUAGUUGGGGGGGUGUUAAGGGCUGGCUGUACUUCAUUUAUAUUUUGUGGGGUUGUUUUGUUGUUGGGGUUUUUUUAUAAGCACGUUUUCAGGCUUUGAAGAGCUGCACUCUUUUUGCUGAACUGUAGUUCCCCCCAAGGUUGUAAUUGUUUGCCUUUUGGGAGGGCAGCUGGUAGCCUUGCGGGAAGGUGCGCAGGCUGCGUUGGAGGAGAGAGACCUCUGGGUCGGUUCGGUUUGACUUCCUUCCAGUAUAGGUUAGCUUUUCUCCGGUGUCUCUGAUGCCAGAACAAGGCCCCAGAAUGAACGGUUUCUCUCUGGGCGAGCUCUGCUGGCUGUUCUGCUGCCCGCCUUGCCCCAGCCGCAUCGCUGCCAAGCUGGCCUUCCUGCCCCCGGAGCCCACCUAUACCGUGCUGCAGCCUGAGCAGCAGCAGGAGGCUGGGGCAGCAGCCGGGGCAGGGACCCCAACGGGAUCGGGCACCUGCAGUCUGCACUUGAGCGAGCGGGCGGACUGGCAGUAUUCGCAGCGGGAACUGGAUGCCGUGGAAGUGUUCUUCUCCCGCACGGCUCGAGAUAACAGGCUGGGCUGCAUGUUCGUACGUUGUGCCCCCACUGGUCGGUACACGCUGCUCUUCUCACAUGGUAAUGCUGUGGACCUGGGCCAGAUGUGCAGCUUCUAUAUUGGCCUUGGCUCCCGCAUCAACUGCAACGUCUUCUCUUAUGACUACUCUGGCUACGGGGUGAGCACCGGCAAGCCCUCUGAGAAAAACCUGUACGCAGACAUUGAUGCAGCCUGGCAGGCCCUCAGGACAAGGUAUGGUGUUAGUCCUGAGAACAUUAUCCUGUAUGGUCAGAGUAUUGGCACUGUCCCUACAGUAGACCUGGCAUCUCGGUACGAGUGUGCAGCAGUAAUCCUUCAUUCUCCCUUGAUGUCUGGAUUACGGGUAGCUUUUCCUGACACGAGGAAAACCUAUUGCUUUGAUGCUUUUCCAAGCAUUGACAAGAUAUCUAAAGUAACCUCUCCUGUGUUGGUGAUCCAUGGUACCGAAGAUGAGGUAAUCGAUUUCUCCCACGGCCUGGCCAUGUACGAGCGAUGUCCACGAGCGGUAGAGCCCCUCUGGGUGGAAGGGGCUGGGCAUAAUGACAUAGAGCUUUAUGCACAGUACUUGGAGAGACUAAAACAGUUCAUAUCUCAUGAACUUCCCAACUCCUGAAGAAGCCUACCUGAUUUUACCUCAGUUACUGUGAACGGAAGAAAUUACCUGGUUUUGCACAUGCUUUAACUGGAUAGCUGUAAUAGCUUUAUACUAUGAAGAAAUACCCUGUCUUUAGGGUGUUCUAAUCAAACAUCUGAUGAAAUUUGUCUUUUAUAUCUGGAAAUUAUUCUACUAAUGCACACAAAUAUGGUCAACUACUGUAAUACCAACAAUUUUUAGCUUCGUUGCCCUGAAGGAAGUGGGAAUACUGGCUGCUUAUGGGGACACUUUUUACCUAGUGCUGUAUUAAUCGAAGAUCAGUUUUCUCUGUCUCACUUCAGAUCGUUUAUAAUUGUGUCCUACAAAGACUUUUUUCCUGGUGUUCCCAGUGUGGAGAACACAACUGUUACGAGCUACAGCUUGUUCUGAACAAUCAGUCAUGGGUUCAAUCUAAGGGAGUACUUUCUCUGUAAAGUUUCUAGCUGUGGUAUUGUAACUGGAAAGUUAUUGUGAUGAAGUUCCCCCUCCUCCCUUCUAGUGUUCUUUUGUUAACUUACUGAUCUUCCCGAGUAAAUUAUUUAAAUAUACUUUUUCCUGAAAAUAAACAAACUACUAUAUGGGGCUAAACUCUGUAACAACCUCUCCAUUACCUGUAUAAACAUAACUGGAAUAUUCUUAAAGGAACUAGGGACAAAAUUGCUUUUGUUUAAAAAUAAAUGUGUAAAUUUACUACUAGAAAACUCAUUUUAAUAUUCAGAUGGUCUGAAUAAUAGCCAUAACAGAUAUUUCCUUCUGUAAAGCAUUCCUGUAGACUUUUUAAAAGUACUGUACAUAUUUGAAUUUACAUUGUGCAUAGAUUCUUAAUUGGUAGUUUUAAUUUAAGUCUAGUUACAAUAAACUGCAAAAUUCUGGUUUGUAUAUGAUUGAAUACAUUUUGUUAAAAUAUGUUUUUAUCCCUAUAUUAUUUUGCUAUUAAAGUUUUAUAAAGUUUCCAGGACAAAAAAAAAUUUACACAUUUAUGUUUUGAUGAAUUUAUGUAACUAAAUUUUCAUUGAGCUGAUCUUUUUAGUUUAGAAGUAAUUUGAUUCUUUGACACUGGAAUCGCACAGAUUAUGCAUCAGAAAUGCAAGACACUUAAAAAUUGUUACACUACUAGCAUAGGUCUAAUUUUUCCAAAUUUAAAGGCCUUAAAUGUACUGUAAGCCUCAGAUUGUUGUAUAAAUUGAUCGCGAUUGAUUGCAGUUUGUGUUCUGUUGCUAGAAUGCAACACAGUGAUUGUAAUGGAAUAAAGGAUGCAUGGAUUAGAG